GUCAGCCAUACGUCAUGGACAUAAAGACUCCGCGGGGUGGGCGCCCCAAGCGCGGAGAGUGAGCAUCACACCAUCUUGAGUGCCUGCUGUGCUCCCUUGUGUCUCCCUAGCAUCACAGCCCCGACAUCGACAUUGUCAUCAAACAAGCCGCGCAAGUUACUCCCCUUCAUCCACCGCCAUCAUGCUCAUCCCAAAACGAAUCGGCACUGCUCUCCGGAUCCGCCCGGCCCUCAUCAGAUGGCCAACGAGCCGGUGCCUCUCGACGACGGCCGCCCGGCCCUGGGCGACGCCGACGAACCGGUACCCGCCCAGCGACGCGCGCGGCGGCAUCCCGGUCGAGGACAUCGACGUCGUCUUCGACUACCCCUCGGACGGCCAGGCCAGCCACCAGAAGACGCCGCUGGAGCAGUCCGGCCUGGACCUGCACUCGGCCAUGCCGCACUACCCCAAGGCGUCGUCCACGGCCGCCGGCAUGGCCGGCGCCCAGAGGAUGGGCAAGGAGAUGGGCUACACGGAUUCCAACGCCAUGUACCGAUACAUCGGCCUCGGCGCCCUCGGCCUGGGCGGCCUGUACCUGUUCAUGCGGCGGCGGAAUCCCCCUGCUGAGCCAGCGUCCAAGGACCGCACCUGGUCGCAGCCGGCUGCCCGAUGAUUUUACUGCGCCGACCUUUCCUAGGGCGGGUGAAAGAAGCAACGUCGGGGUAGCCGUUGAACCUUGGGUGUGAGACGUCGUUGGUGCAUGUUGUGCGGUGGACGCUUGGCGGAGUGGAAAAGGGGUUAGGAGAUGGCAAGGGGGGAAGGAGGAAUGAUUGGAACGGUUUAUAUCUCCCAGAAUGGCUGUUAUGUUUUUGAGUCAUUCCCUUGUAGUGUUUAUACACAAACAAUCGCCGCCUAUUAUUUCGUCCUUCG